AUGGCCUCGUCUCGGUCGCUCUUCUGCCUCCGAAGGUGGACGGACAGGCGGCUGCCCAGCCCCGCUCGGGGGCGCGAGCAGCUGCCCGACUCCGCGCUCGGCCAGCUCGCCGGGCUGCUGGCGCGGGAGUGCGCGGAGGGCCGCUGGGGGGAUGCGCUCGUGGUGUCGUCGGCGCUGGCCACGGCCGUGGCCACCGGCGGGGGCGAGCUCGGGGGCGGCGCGGCCGGGGCCGCGCCGCUGGAGGAGCACCUCGCGGGCGUGCUGCUCGCCGUGGCGGGGGCGUUCGCUGCGGAGGCUGCCGAGGCCCCGCAGCUGCCGGCCCUGGCCACGACGUUCUGCAGCACCCUCCAGCUGCUGCUGCCGAACCUCGGCGCCGCGCUCGCGGACAGGCUGCUGGACGCGGCCGGGCUGCUGCCAGGGCUGCUCUCCGCCGCCACGGCGGCGAGGGCGCCGAGGGGCGCUCCUGGCGGAGACCGCCGGCCCUUCCUGCAGCUGCAGGCCUGCCGUGCCUUCGGGGAGGUCCUGGCCGCCGUGCUGGAGGACGCCUCGCCCGGCGUCCGAGCGCGGUGCGAGGGCGCCCUGCUCUCGCCCGCCUGCGAGCCGGGCGCCAGCCGCCUCGUGGAGCUGCUGGUGAGCGGGCGGCCGGACCCGAAGCACCACGAGGUCCUGCUGGAGCUGCUGUGGCGUGGCCUGCGGCGCGCGGACGACCCCGCGGGCGGGGCCCCCGCGCUGAGCCUGCUGAGCGGCGCCGUCGGAGCUGGGCCGUGCUGCAAGCUGCAGAAGGUGUCCGCCCAGCAGCUCAUCGACUGGGGCUCCGACAUGGCCCUGCAGCUCAGCCGGCGCGGCCACGAGGUCAUGCCCCUGCCGGAGUGCGCCCUCGCCUGGGGCGGCCUGGCCGCGGCAGGGUGCGUGGUCACCUUCACCGCCUACGGGCUCUCAGUGGACGGGGGCGAGGUGAGCUUGGAGGUUCCUUGGGCCUGGGUGGCGGAGCCGCUGGCGGCGGUGGAGCGGGGCAUGCCCCUCUGCCUGCGCGUCGACGCGGCGGAGCUCCUCGAGCUCGGCACCCUCACCGCAGACAUCGCGGAGCUCGUGGGGCAGCCCGCGGUGGAGAUGCGGCUGUCGUCCGGCGCCGAGGAGGCGGCCGUCGCGGAGGCCCUGGCGGGCGUCCUCCGCCUCCUCGCGGAGGGCCAAGCCGACGGCAGCCCGCCCUCCAGCGCCGGGCUGGAGGGCUCCCAGCAGGCGGGGCCGACGGGCGGCUCGGCGGGCGAGGCGGCCGGCGAGGCGCGAACGGAGCCCGAAGCCGCAGCGGGCGACGACUCUGCGCCUCAGGAGCGCUGCCCGGCCAAGCGGCCCGCCGCAGGGCCCGCGGCCGCGGGGGACGACGACCAGGCGGCCGCCAAGAGGCCCCGCCAGGGCGAGAGCGAGGGCGACCUGGGGCGGCCGCUGCCAGAGGGCGCCCCGCGCGCGCACGAGGCGGGGCUGCCGGCGGAGCUGCUCACGGCGACCUGGAAGCAGCUCAGCGCCGCGUGCAGGCAGCUGGGGCUCCCCGCCGGCGGGAGGAAGCAGCAGCUCCUGGAGCGCCUGCAGCAGCACCACCAGGAAGCCGCGCCCGCCGCCGCGCCGGCCCCGGCAGCGGCGGGCGGCGACGGCCUUGCGGGAGUGGACGCCACGGGAGCGUCUGUGCCCGCGGCCGCCGCGGGCCUGGUGACCCUGGCGGCGACAGCGGGCACGGGGCUCGUGACGCCGACGCCGACGGCGGGCACGGGGAUUGCCACCCCGCUGGUGGCGGCCGCCCCGCCCGCCUCCUCGCCGCGUGCGCCAGAGCCCGAGGAGGCGCCGCCGGGCGCGGGUCAGGGCGCGGAGGAGGCCGCGGAGGGGCCGCAGGACGAGGGCGACGAGGAAAACCGGGCCAUGCGGCGCGGCCUGAGCGCGAUGUCGGUGCCCGACCUCCGGAAGGCCCUCUGCGACCUGAGCUUGCCGUGCGACGGCCGCAAGGCCGACAUGGUGGCGCGGCUGGUCAUGUACGCGGACUCCCUCCAGACGCCAGUAGACACGCUGGGCGACUCGCUGGGGAUAUUCGCGGACUCGGCUCGGCAGCAGUCUCCCUCCCCACAGCGAGCGCUCGGGAACGGCUCGCGGGCGGGAUCGCCAGGCGUGGCCGCUCCGUCCGAGGCGCCGGCGUCGGAGGAAUCGCCGACACCGUCAGUCCGUGCACCCGCACCCGCCGCAGAGGCUGACGUGGACGAGGCGCGGUCGGGCGCAUCGCCAUCGCCAUCGGGCCACCCGCCGUCGUCGCCGGCGGCAGCCGUGGAGGCGGACGCGCCGUCGGGGCGCGCCGGCGGCGAGAGCCCACGGGUCGCGCCCGGCGGCGCGACGGGGGCCGAAGGGCUGGUGGAGGACCUCUCGACCCUGCCGGUGCGCGAGCUGCGGAAGGCGUGCAGGGAGCACGGCCUGGCGAGCGGGGGCACGAAGCACGACCUGGUCGAGAGGCUUAUGGAGCUGGUGGUCGACCAGCAGGGCUUGCAGGCUGCGGGCCAGCAGCCGGCGUCGGCCGCCGAUCCGGAGCAGGCGCUCUCCGCCCCCUCGCCGCCCGGUGCCGGGCGCGGCGGGCCGCCCGCCGCCGCGGGAGGGGCCGCUGCGCCAGAGCCCGCGCCGCUGAGUCCGAUCGGCGACCCGGCGAAAGCCAACGAGAUCCUGGCCAUCGUCGCCCGCGACCUCCGGGCGAUGCCCUUGCGGGACCUCCGCGCCGCCUGCCGGCGGCACCAGCUGCCGGCCGAGGGCAGCAAGUCGGAGUUGGUGGCCCUGCUCGCGGAGCUGGCCGUGCCGUCGUCCCAGGUCGGCGGGCCCGCCGCGGCAGAGGCCGCCGCCGCCAGCCAGAGCCAGGGGGCCGGCUCCGCGGCAGCGGGCCCGGGUGCGGCGCCGCAGAGCAGCCAGACGGAGCUGUCCUUGCAGGCCCUGCAAGCCGCGUGCGCCGCCUGCGGGCUCCCGCUGGAGGGAGACGAGGCAGCGCUUGCGGAGCGCCUGGCCGUGGCAGCCUCGUCGCAGUCGCAGGAGUCCGACGCCCCGACGAGCGGCACGGCCUCCCAUCUCGAGCCGCUCGCGCCCCCCGCGGCCCGCUGGCGGACUCAGGAGUCGUCGCCGGGGCCAUCGCCGAGGCGGUCGGCGGAGCCCCCGCUGGAGCCCUCCUCGCCGCUGCCGUCCUUGGAGCUGCCGGCGGAGCCGAGGGCGGAGCCGCCGCCGGAGCCCCUGAGGGCGCCAGAGGGGUCGCCCGCGGCGGCGGAGGCGGCAUCGGCGGGGCCCUCCGCGGCGAGGCUGGCGCCGGGCUCCUCGCCGGAAGGCCCAUCGCCAGCGGGCACGUCGCCCAGGCGCGCUCCCGCGGGUUGGGGCGCGGCGGUGGCGGCGGAGGCCGCCGACGUGCCGCACGCCGACGCGGCGGCGCCGCGGGAGCACACGCCGCUCUCCGACAGCAUCCCCGCGGCGCAGGCGACGCCGCCCAGCCCGCGCGGGGAGGACACCUCGGCCACCCGAGGCGUCGCCGCGGGGCACGCCGCCGCCCUCGAGGCCGCCUCGCCCGCCCAGCUCACGCCCCGC